AACAACAGCAACACACAACAACAACAACAACAACACAACGCAUUUUACAGAACACACACACAUAACAAUAAGUCACCCUUCAUUCAGAAGACAGAUCAACUUGUCCUGUCGAAGAAAAACGAAGAAACAUAAAAUCCUAGGAUGGUAUAAGAGAGACGACCCCCCAGGAACGAACAAGCUGUGACUAGUUUGUCUCUUGUCCAAUAAUCCGCAAGUAUGCAACAAGAAUCGGACAGACUCCUGGUGUAAGCUUGGGCCCCCUUUGAAGUCUUUAGUAAUUGUUUAACUGGGAGCGAUACUGAGAAACGAGAAGAGAUGCCACAGCCUUUGGCUUUUUCUAAACCUGUUCUAGGUGAAUAUUCGCUGAAGCUGGCAGCUGGGAUGUCGUCCUCUAAGGCUCUGGGCGGAGCCCGCAGACGCCGGACACGCUGCCGGAAAUGUGAUGCCUGCACGCGCACGGAAUGUGGGGAGUGCCACUUCUGCAAGGACAUGAAAAAGUUUGGCGGUCCGGGGCGCAUGAAGCAGUCCUGCCUGAUGAGACAGUGCACAGCGCCCGUGCUGCCUCACACGGCAGUCUGUCUGACCUGCGGAGAAGCUGGGAAAGAAGACACGGUCGAGGACGAAGACGAAAAGUUCAACCAGUCUCUUAUGGAGUGUACCAUCUGCAACGAGAUCGUCCACCCGCGCUGCCUCAAGAUGAGCAAAGCUGAAGGCAUCAUUAACGAUGAAAUCCCAAACUGCUGGGAGUGUCCGAAAUGUAACAAGGAGGGAAAAACCAGCAAGGACCAGGAGGACGGGACUGGAAAGAGACGGCUGGACAACGGGGAGGUGGGACGCUGGAAACUGAUGGACGACCCCGCCCCCAGCAAGAAGUCAUCCUCAGUCCAGGAAGAGGGGGUACAGGGGGGCCACAAGCGCAAAAAAGAGAAGGAGGUACCCCAGGACACGGGGCCCAAGAAGAAGGUAAAAGGAGGACGAGAGAAACAUCUAAAAAAGAAACAGAAGCCCUCGCCUCCAACUCUUGAAACUCCAGUCCCCCAAAACCCACCAGACCACCGCUCCCAUCACAGAGAGAAACUGGAGCGCUUCAAACGCAUGUGCCAGAUGCUGGAGCGAGUCCGGAACUCCAGCACCAGCUCCAGCUCCAGCUCGGACUCUGACUCGGACUCGGACUCUCUUUGCCAGGGCUCAGAGCGGGCCUCUCCCCUCCCUCUGCCUCAGGCAGUCCGGGGCGCCGCUGUCAGGAACAAAGAACAUGACCGCAGGCUGGCGGAGCUGGGGUUCAGCGCCAGCGAGGAGGAGAGCGAGGAUGAGGAAGAAGACAGAGACGAGGAGGAGGAGGACGACGACGAGGGGGAGGACGAAGACGAGGAGGACGGCGGAGGUGGAGGAGGAGGAGGAGGAGAGGAGGAGCUGCCGACGAUCCAGCCUCAAAAAAACAGUUCGCGAAAUGGUCGCACCAGAGCUGGGGGAGUCCGCUCUGCCUCCUUGAAAGAGAAUAAUAAUAAUAACAAUAACAGUGGCGCCAGCGGGCGCCACCGCAGAGGCAAGAACCGCUCCAAGGCAGGGACAGCCGCCCAGCCCAGCCGCAAUUCCCGGCAGACUCCCGGGGGCCAGAGGCUGACUGCCCGCUCACAGUUCCUGAAGCGCCCGGCCGUCCCUUCCCCGCCCAAACCGGUCCAGAUGGAGAGGCACCUGGUCCGGCCCCCUCCCGACUCGCCCGAGCCCGACUCCCUGCCCCUGGACUCGGGUUCCGAUCACGUCAUGCAGAGGGACGUGUGGCUCGCUGUGUUUCUGCACCUGAGCCACGGAGAGCUGAGCGUCUGCAUGAGGGUCUGCAGGACGUGGAGCCGAUGGUGCUGUGACAAGCGACUGUGGACCAAGAUUGACCUGAGCCGGCGCAAAUCCAUCACCCCUCCCAUGCUAAGUGGUAUAAUCCGCCGGCAACCCGUUACACUGGACCUGGGCUGGACCACUAUCUCAAAAAAGCAACUGAUGUGGUUGAUCAACCGGCUGCAGAGUUUGAAGGAGCUGAUCCUGUCCGGGUGCUCCUGGUCCUCCGUCUCUGCUCUCUGCUCCUCCUGCUGUCCUUGCCUGCGUCUCCUGGACCUGCGCUGGGUGGAGGACGUCAAGGAAUCGCACCUCCGAGAGUUGCUGGCGCCCCCUGCUGACUGCAGAACAGGUAACCAUGACGGCAGGGGGUGGUUCCAGAACGUGACGGAGAUCCGAUUGGCCGGCCUCGACGUGACGGACAGCUCUGUGCGUUUGCUGGUUCGCCACAUGCCCCAUCUGACCAAACUGGACCUGAGCCACUGCGGCCACGUGGGUGACCAAGCUGUGAACCUGCUGACCGCUGCUAACUCACCACUGAGAGACACGCUCUCUGAUAUCAACCUCUCGGGUUGCGGGCGUCUCACGGAUCACUGCCUGCCUCUCUUCAAACGCUGCUCCUCUCUGGCACGGCUAGACCUGCGGUCCUGCAAGCAAGUGACCGGCGAUGCCUGUCAGAGAUUCACCGAGGAACUGACUCCCGGCGUCACAUUCCGCUGCUCUGAGGACAAACUGCUGAUCAAAAACAGCUAACAGGGGGGGCCCUAAACACCCCUCCCUCCCCCACCCAGGGAGAGAGAGAGAACUGAUACACAAAAGGGAGCGGCAGGAGAAAAAAAAAAAAAAAAAAAAAAAAGAAAAAUCGGGGACACACGACAGAUCACUUAGGGGAAUUUUUUUUUUUUUUUUUUUUUUUUGAUUUUUUGUUUUGCAGUCAGGAGGAGAAAGUGGGAGGCCUCUUUUUUUUUUUUUUUUUUUCCUCUGCAGGGACUGAGCUGCAGCGUCUAAGGAAGAUAAGCGACAGAUCAGGUUUGGCAGGGAAAUUUUACAUACCCAGAGUGUUAUCCACUGUCUUUUUUUAAAAAAAAAAAAAAAAAAAAAAAAAAAAAAAGGAUUGUUGUUUACAUAUGAGAAGGAAAUGGGUGUCAUUACGCAUCUUCACCACUAGAUGGCACUGCCGUCCCCUCUCUAGUACUCAAGCGAUUUGAUUGGGGCGGGGCGACUUUAAUUUCCUUCCCACUGAGGUUACUAUCCUUUUCAGUGCUGAAUAUUAUCAAAAGAUUCACCCCAAAAAAAAAAAGUGUUGAUUUUAAAAAUGUUUACAAUAGCAAUGGAAAGAUAACUUUUACCAGUUCAUAAAGACAAUAAGAGCCUGAUUUAUCAUGCAUUAUUAGCUUGUUAGUUGACCGUGCCCUUGCGGUCUAAAAACAUUUCAGAGUUUUGUGGCUUAAAUAUUUCUGUAGAUCUCACUAAUGGGAAUUCCUAUUGCACAGCAGUGUGAUCCAGUCCAGGUUUUACUACCAGCUUGAUCAGCCCUCAGUGUGUUUAGCUAA